ACUGCGGGUAUAGUUAUAUGUUUACGCAUAUUUUAAUGAGGCUUAGUUUUGUGUUCUUUGUCAAGUAGUUCAGUCCAAUUCUGGCGGACUUAUUCAUAACCUUUGGAUGAAGUGUUAUGUGGAAAAUAAAAGAUAUUAUUCUAUUUCCGAUUUUUGGGGUUCAUCUUAUUAUCAGUGGAUUGAGAAAUGAUCGCUUUUCUACAAUGUGUCACCAUGGUGUGAUAAAUCACUCUGAAGUUGUAACUCAUGUGGUAUCUUCGAAUGUGCAAAAACUUAUUCGUCGUAAUGCACAAACAGAAUUAAGAAUUCAUACCCAUUAUGAUAGGUCAAUUAAAUCUCUCAAAAAUUUCCAGGAUAUUAAGAGAGAUGUAAUUGAAGUAGCAAUUGAGUUUUGGGAAGAUGCUCUACUGUUACGUCAGUCUCAUACCGUGCCCAGUAGAUUAACACUUGACAGAGUUUGUGUUGAUGGUGCUACAAAGUUGAUGACUUUUGAUGAUCAACUCUUGACAUUUUGUGUCAAUGGUUGUGUGGAAUGGACAAAAUGUGGACCUAUAAACAUUCCAGUGUCACAUUUAAAUCAGUGCAGGUUUAUAUAUAAUGGAACCUCAAUGAUUUCAGGUCACAAGGGCGAAGGUAUAUACCGUGCCAACUUCAUACUCUAUAUUUCAUCGCUUAGAACACAUAGAUGUAAUACUGCAAAAGUCCUAGGUUAUGCUGCACACUGUCAGCUAGAAGCUAAUACUGAUCGCCCUAUGGCUGGCUACAUCAAUUUCUGUCCUGAUACAUUAAGUAAUGAAUAUAACGAUAAAAUGCGUUCACUGUUUGUUGCUACGCAUGAAAUAUUACAUUCACUAGGAUUCUCUACAAGUUUGUUUGCAUUCUACAGAGAUAAACAAAAUCGACCAUUAACACCACGUGAUCCAAUAACAUUUAAACCCGCACUAGGCUGGUAUUCAAGAAAGAACGGUCAAGUAUACCAGUGGAGUGACAAUGUGGUUCGAACGGUUAAUCGUACUUGGUUAAGUGCUUUUGGAACUUUUCAAAAAUUAGCGCACAUUGUGGUUUUACCGACUGUUGUACGUAUCGCCAGAUCAUUCUACAACUGUCCGAAUCUUGAUGGUGUCGAGUUAGAAGAUGAGGAUGAUGCAGGAGUGUAUCUAACACACUGGGAGAAACGCCUUUUAGAGAAUGAUUUAAUGACGGCGACAUACACAAAUUCUUUUCGAAUUUCACCGAUUACUCUGGCAAUGAUGGAGGAUACCGGCUGGUACAUCCCAAACUAUGCAUUAUCUCAGUCUUUCAGUUGGGGUAGAGGUCGAGGAUGUACCUUUGCUACUGGCAGUUGUUUAGAAUACAUGCUAGAACAAAGUCGUGGUGGUCAUCCAAUUGCACCGUUUUGUCAACAGUUAACUUCAAGCUUUCACAACAAAAAUAAUGGAUUACAGGUUAGCUGUACACCUGGUGAAGAAAGUUAUGGAUUUUGUAACCUAAUUGAAUAUUCCAAACCAUUGCCUGAUGAAUAUGUAUAUUUCGUUAAUACAAAUUUCUCGACUGUUACACUGAAUUCUGAAAUCAAUCUAGGUACUGGAACCUUAACUAAUCAGUAUCCUUUGGUUAAAUUAGGAGGAAAAAUAGCUUUGGCUAAUUACUGUCCAUAUCAUCAGGAAAUUGAAUGGGAAGAUGAUGUAGGAAAAUCAAUUGCUAAUACUCAUUGUCAUGCAUCAACUAAUUUGAAAGAUCCACAUAACAACUUUAAACUUGAACGAUUUGGUAUGGAUUCUGUUUGUGUAGAGCAUAGUCCUAAUUGGCAUUUAAUAAAUGGAGACUCAUUAUUUGUUCCGCCAGUGGAAGGAGCUGGAUGUUAUACAUUCCGAUGUUCAAUGACUGAAGGUGGUUUGGUUUUAGAACUUGCUGGGGGUAUGUCGAUUCCUUGUGAAGUGCCAGGAGAAAUUAGUGAAAUUAACGCUUGUUUAACAAAACAAAGUCUUACUGUGAAAGGAAAACUUGUAUGUCCAGAUUGCAGAUUACUAUGUCCAUUAUCGGAGUGUCCGAAAAUCUAUUCCAUUUCACAAAAUAAUGUAACAUAUCUCAGAUCAAACUACUCCAACGAUCGUUCAUCUUCGUUUUUGUAUGAAACCAAUAUGUUUAUACCUAAAUCACGUACUAUACAGUAUUCUCAUUUAAUUGUUAAUGAAACUGAAUCUGUUGUUGAAAAUCCAUUAUAUAUUGUUGAAAAUGUUAAAAAAACUAAAGGUAUUGUAAUACAACAAGCUAUUCUACCUGGUGUAUGUUUAGUUAAUAUCGCUUACUCAUCUACUUCCUUAACUUUUUCAAUAUUUAUAUACUUUAUAGUGUUUUUUCAAUUAUUCUGUUUAUAAAAUGCUUUAUUCUUUAUAUGCCUACAAAAAUAUUUCCUAUCAGUUAUAAUUCAUACUUCAUUUCGUUAGGCUUAUAAUUACUUUUCACAUCACAAGAUCAUAAUUAAUUAUUAUUAUUUUUUUUCC